UGAAGAUCCUCUUGAGGCUUGAAAGCGGAACUUCUGAAGAUGAGGAUGGGCACCGCUCAAUACCUCUCUAAUAUCUAGUACCAGGUAGCUUGUAUUAUUAAAACAUUAAGAGGUUCACUUGAUGGCUUUAGCUCGGCUUUGGCUUGGCUUUAAUUUGGCUUUAGCUUGGCUUUAGAAAGCCUAUAGAGUCUCACUUCAUUCUCAACUCAAGAAGAUUCUCCUCGUUUCGAAGUCUCCAGCAAUUGAGCUUCUACUUCACACCGCUUCUUUGCAAUCAUGACACCAGAGGACAAUUUCUCGGUGGUGGAGCUCGCACCGUGCAUCUACAUGUGUCGGGAGCUGCAUUAUGCUCAGAAAUGGAAUACAGCCAAUUGCUAUGUUGUCCAAGGCACGAAAAUGGAUUUGAUCAUUGACACGGGUUUGGGCCUCUGGAAUUUCAAGGAAUUCCUCGUGCAAAAGAAAUUGAUUUCCCAAAACGACAAGCCGUACAUUGCCGUGGUCACGCAUGUCCACUUUGACCACUCCGGAGGGCUACACCAAUUCGCCGACAGUUGUGCCAUUCACGAAGAGGAACAGGAGGCGAUUGAAACGAGUGACAAUGUGGCCGCCUGUACGUUUAUCUAUCAGACCGACAUUGAAAAGAAUCCGCCCACGCCAGAUUGGCAAGCUGCCGACUAUCACGUUCGUCCUGUCAAGCCUACAAGAGUCCUUCGAGGCAGGGAAAGCAGCUUUGAUCUCGGCGACAAUAGAAUCAUCCAGGUAAUUCACACACCCGGACAUUCGGCUGGGAGCAUUGUUUUCUGGGAUGAGCAAACCGGAAUCUUGUUUAGUGGAGAUACCGUGUGUGACGGACCCGUUCUAGACUGGGCACCCACAAGCAGCGUGGAGGACUACCUCCAAACCAUGGAUAUCCUCUCGAGUUUGGCAUCCAAGGUGAAACGAGUCUUUCCAGGACACGACAAUGAAUUUGAUGGGAACCGGCUCAAGCAGAUUGCAGACGACUACUUGAAGGGUGCCGGAACUUGUCACAGCUGUACGGCCAAGCUUACCAAGGCACUGGCAACCAUGUUACUCCGAGGCAGAAACGCCAAGGGAGCCACAUCAUGUGAAAGGGGUUGCUACCAUGCUUGCUGCUGUAGCUGUAUUUUUGGCCCGGCUAUGAAUCAUGGAUGACCGGGCGGCAACCACAGUGUAGAGGAAAACACGGAUGGAAUCGAAUCUUCAAUCGAACUGAACCGAAUGUUUUGAAACUUCAAGUGACAACCAGGUGAAAACGUUCAAAAGUUGGUGGUCGCUCGCUCAUGUGGAGUGCACAUGGAAUGCAGGGAGAGAUGGAAUACGAGGCAAGACCCUCUUCUGGCGUACUCGUAGUAGCUUUCAACCCUUUAGCUUCACCAGGUACGAGAGAGAAGUUCGUUGAUUUUCUGCGCAGGAUGAAACCACGAUCACUAGGCCUACUAGUAGCUAGUGGUACAAUGGUCGCUGGGCGCAAAACGACUCCAAGAAGCAGGCAGUUCGAAAGAGAACGUCAUGUAGUUCUUUGCUUUGGCUAGUUGUAUCGUACCGGUACCAGUACAUGUAGCUCCUCGUCAAGGCCUGCUGCUGUCUGCCGUUUAAUUCUCUGCCUCCAACCUCAUUCCAGCCGCUGGCCAUUCCACAGCCUUCUUCAGGCUGUGGAAUCAACCACUGGCUAUUCAAGAAGGCAGUCUGAAGAUAUCUCUUUUCCUGGAAGGUUUCUUGCUAC